UCUACAGUGACACAUUCCACAUGUUAAAGUUUUGGUUACACACCUUCGACGUGGAAUUGUCCUCAAUUCCCAGGUUAAAGUGUAGUUUGGCUCCCUUCAGAUAAACUUUGACCUUAUAAUUUAAAAAGUUCCAUGAUGCAGACAGGUGUGCUUUGCUGACUGGAGGUGAACCUCUGCCAAACCUCAUCCUUAGUCAUUAAUGUAGUAAAUAGGUUAAUUAUUCUUUGAUCUGUCUGAGGGUGACUCCUCCCCAACUCAGCUACAGCCUUUAAUGCAAGUGGCAUGGGUCAACACACCUGUUAUGCUGCAUAUCUCUCUUGAACGUCAUCUGCAAACAAUAUGAGGACUCUUCAGGAAAAAAUCAUUGUUCUUUAUAUUUUCCUGUCUCUGAUCUGUGCCAUUCAGGUCAAUUCAUUACCUCUGUCUGAAGGCUGGAAUGGUUUGAUCCAGCGCACCAAACGUUCACUGCUGUGGCGCUGGAACAGCAUGAAGCCUGUUGGCGCCAGCUGCUGGGAUCACUUGGAGUGUGGCACAAAAUACUGCAGGAAGAAUAUUUGCUCCUUCAGGAUAUCCACUUAAAGAAGAGAUACAUAAGCAUGACUCCAGCAGGGUUACUACAGAACAAACAUUUGCCAUGUGGACUAAAGUUAUCUGUCUCAAAAAUCACUGUACUGCAGCAAAACAAAGCUGUAAAUGCAGGAUUCAUAUGAUAAGUCAGAUCACUCAAUUUACAGUGAUUUUGAUUUUUACAAUUUCUUAAAAAUCUGGCAGAACAUCUUACAGGUUGUAUAAAUCUGAAAUUGGAAAUAUAAAUAUUCAAGCAAAGUUUGCGAAGUGCUCCGAGUUUAUUGGUUCAUGUUAUUGUAUAUUUAUUUGUACAUACUGUAAGAAAUGUAAAUAUCUAAAUAUAUUUA